AUGGAUCGUCUAAUAGAAAAUAGCAAGACGGCUCGUCAUACACCGACCUACGCAGAACAAGUCGCCAAACCUACGCAGAACAAGUCGCCAAACCUAUGCCGAACCAAGGCUCUCACCAGACAGGGUGCAGUCAUCCUCGUCAAAAGUAAAGAUGGUAGUGCCGAUGCCGAAAGCAUCAAAAACAAAAUCAGAGGUGAACUUGACCCUAAGGCCUUAAAAAUAGGCAUUACAAGAGUACGUAAAAUUCGUAAUAAAACAGUCCUUAUCGAGAUAGAACGGAAAAGGGACGCUGAGCAAACUAUUAUCAAUGAAUUAAAUAAGAUAGAAAACAUUACUGCAAGGACCCCAAAGAAGUCUUUGCCUAAGGUGGCCAUCUAUGGUAUCCCAUCAAACCUAAGUAAGGAAGUUAUCAUAAACACGAUAUUUGAUCAAAAUGACAAUAUAUCUGCCCAUUACGAUAACAAUAAAGAGAACUACGUUAAAGAAAUAACGGCAAAGUUUAAGUGGGGGAAAAACCCUAACACCCACCACUGGGUUUUUGAAGUCACCCCAGGGCUAAAGAGAAUCCUGAUAAUGCAGAAAAAACUAAAUAUAGACUGGGUCAGGUGCAGCGUGGAGGAGCACUUCAGCAUUAUUCAGUGCUACCGCUGCUGCCGUUACGGGCAUUUUGCAAGGGAGUGCAAGAGCGAAAGGGCCUUUUGCAACCACUGCGGAGGUGACCACCGCUAUAGUGAAUGCAAAAAUAAGGGCACUUCCCCGAGCUGCAUUAAUUGCAUCUGCAGCAAAGCGGCUAAUUUCGCUCAUAAGGCCAACCACAAUUCCUGCACUGAGCGGAUGAAAGUUAUCAAAAACAUAACAGCCAAAACCUAUCAUGGUUAA